AUGGCGAACAAAAUUAUGAACCUUUCGAGGGCUGCCCGCAUCAUUCUCGUUGGCGCCCCAGGUGUCGGGAAAGGAACACAGGCAGAGCGGCUGCUGCAAAGGUUUCCCCAGCUCUCAGUCAUCAGCUCUGGGGAUCUCCUCCGCGACAAUGUGAAGAACCAGACCCCGCUCGGUAUCAAAGCCGAGGGCAUAAUGAAGUCAGGGGAGUUGGUCCCCGACGCCAUGAUCCUCCGCCUCAUCCUCCACGAGCUCAAGACUCGCGGGUGGCUCUUCCCCGCAGCUGGUACCCAACCCCUCACACUCUCCUCCGCCUCCAUGUCCGCGCAAGAGUCCGACUUUAACAUCGAAGACCACUUUGUGAACUCGCCAUCCCUCGCAAACUUCGCCUCUCCCCCACAGACAUCCGACGAACCCGCCGCCUCCUUCAUCCUGGAUGGCUUCCCACGAACCGCCGGCCAAGCCACCCAGCUCGACAACCUCAUCCCCAUGAACCUCGUCGUCUCCUUCAAAACACCCGUCGAGGUGAUCCUGGAAAGAAUAGCCGGUCGUUGGGUCCACCUCCCGUCGGGAAGGGUGUACAACACCACGUUCAAUGCGCCUGUAGUUCCGGGGAAGGAUGAUAUUACAGGGGAGCCGUUGUCGAAGCGCGCGGAUGAUGAUGAGCAGACUUGGAUCACGAGGCUGAAGAAGUUCGAGGAGACGAGCGAGCCGCUGUUAAAUCAUUAUGCGAAGAAGGGGGUUUUGUGGGAGGUGGAAGGGAAGAGCAGUGAUGAGAUUUCACCAAAACUGUUUGAGCAGUUUGAGAGGACGUUUGUGAAUUCGGCGCUGUGA